UCGAAGAUGUUGGCUGGUAUUUAAGAAAGCAUCAAGCAAGGGUCCCAGAAGGUUAGAAAAAUUUCCAGAUGAAAAGGCCGCAUAUUUCAGAACAUUUCAUAAGGUAACAGAGCUGCACAACAUCAAAAAUAUAACUAGGCUGCCUCGAGAGACAAAGAAACAUGCAGUGGCAAUUAUCUUUCAUGAUGAUAUGUCAAAGACAUUUGCCUGUGAGUCAGAGAUGGAAGCAGAUGAGUGGUGUAAACUUCUCUGUGUCGAAUGUCUGGGAACUAAAUUGAAUGACAUUAGUCUUGGGGAGCCUGACUUGCUAGCAGCAGGAGUUCAGAGGGAACAAAAUGAGAGGUUCAAUGUGUACCUGAUGCCCACACCUAACUUGGAUAUUUACGGGGAAUGUACCAUGCAGAUCACCCACGAGAAUAUCUACCUGUGGGAUAUUCAUAAUGCCAAAGUUAAACUAGUCAAAUGGCCUCUUAGCUCAUUGCGGAGAUACGGGCGGGAUUCCACAUGGUUCACGUUUGAGUCAGGCAGGAUGUGUGAUACUGGCGAAGGGCUAUUCACUUUUCAGACAAGAGAAGGUGAAAAGAUUUACCAGAUGGUACAUUCAGCUACAAUGGCCAUUGCUGAACAACACGAAAGGUUAAUGAUGGAAAUGGAGAAAAAGGCACGAGUAUGUAUGACUCCUUUUGACUUUUUUAACAUGUACCAACAUAAUAACAUUUCCAGCUUGGAAAUGUCAUUUCAUGACUGCCUGAAAUAUGCUGUCUGCAAAGGUUGUAAACAAUCUGAUAAAUGCACUGGCAAGUAG